GCUCUGUCCCCCCACAGACCUGCUCAGACGCCGCUGGCCGGGCCGGGCCGGGCGCGAUGUGGGCGCGGUGGCUGCUGCUCUGCGCGCUGCUGGCCGGGACUGGGGGCUCCCUCCUGCCGCCCGCUGCCCGUCGCCUGCUGGGCCGCUUCCAGCACCUGCUGGGGGGCAGCCGGGCGGUGUUGGGGAAGGAGGAGGGGCGCUUUGAGGCCCCCAUUGAUUUCCACAAGCUCCCCCCCAACUACCACACCGAGGAGAAGGAGCAGCGCAGGGUGGGGAACGCCACGGUGUACAGCCACCGCGAGAUCAACAAGGUGACGGACAACGAGACGGGCGCGAUGCUGUUCUCCGACAGGACGGUGACCUCCAUCGAGCAGGGGGAGCGGGGCCUGGCGGAGAGAUGGCGGGGACGCCAGGCAGAGGCUAGUGAGGAAGGAGCAGAAGCAGAGCCUGUCCUAGGGAGACACGUCCUGCCGAUCCCCCGCCCUGGGCUGGCCUUCCUCAUCAUCCACCUACGGCGCAGAGCCAGGCCCGGGAAGGCCUCUGACACCAGCCGGCCACACGGCGCAUCCCUUAGCGACAGGAGGCACAGGCUGCUAGCGAUCCGGGAUGGGCUGAUGGAAGCCCCCCACCCUCUGAAGAAAGCUCCCCCCAUUACUCGGGCCCGGCACAAAGCUGUAGCACGGAGGCCCCAUUUUUUCUUCUUCUUCAGGAAGCUGUAGCAAAAAGACAGAGAGAGACUUGGGUAGGCGAUGGAGAGGAUGCUGGCGGAUCUGUGUAGAAAGUCCUGCUCCUUCGUUUUUCUUGCAAUAAAAGUUCUCUCUCUGGCAGGGGGUAAAUUGG